AUGACCAGGCUAGACCCGACAUCCCAGAAACAUCCUCUAGAUCUGUAUAAAAGCCACGAUGUGGUUGUGGAGGUCUACACAGACCUCCAAACAGUUGUCGGGUUCAUCAGGGAAUACCUGGAGUCCUUUUUGGGUGGCGGCGAACAAUACAUGGCAAUCACACAGGUGUCCGACGCUGACCUUCUCGAGUUCAAUAAAUGGCGGGCAUGUACUCGCCCCCGUACGUUCCUAGUCCGCGCAUUUCCCGCAUACAAUACUCUCGUCAUGAAGUUCAAAUCGCCGCUAUGCGACCAGCUCAGCGCAACGAUGUACCAAAGGUUCUAUAUUCGUAAAUAUCAACAGCAUCACGGACUCACUUCGGAUAUUCUCUCUCAGGUCGGCCCAACGAUAUACACGACGCGCAACGGACUGCAGCUCGAAGCAGAACAGGCCUAUAUUCCGCUUACAAGCAGAGAACCCGACAGCUACCCAUCCCUCGUCAUGGAAUUUGGGGAUAGAACUUCCCUUCAUGCGCUUCGAGUCGAUGCCCGUCUAUGGCUGGAAAAUACCUCCGGACUCACCCGAUUUGUCCUGGUAGUAGCCUUCUCUACUGGUGAGAUUGUGCUUGAAUGCUGGGAAUAUGGAGAUGGCGUUGCCGAAUGUACACACGAGGUCAGUGUGGACUAUCAAAGUGGAAGAGUUCGACAUGCGCCCUUGAUGAUACCGCUAGAGCGUAUUUUGGAUGAAAUGCCUGACCUUCCGGGUAUAACUGAGGAUGCGACCAUCGCCUUUUCGGAUGAUGACCUUAUUAGUCUUAUGCGGGAGACUAUUUAUGACGAGACGUCGUGA